AUGUCGUACAGCUACAAGACCGAUCAGAAUUCAUACUACGAAGUCGACCAAUCCACCCUCGCUGCAGAUACGGCCACCACCACCACCCCGAACCCGUCGACGUUCGGACCUACGUCGCCUAUAUCCAGCACGUCCGACGCCCACGUCUAUUUCCACUUGGGACACACGGGCCACGAGGUCGCGCCUAAGAAAUUUCCUGCGUGUAUCUCGGCCGGCAAAGGCGUCAUCGUCCGAGAAGGCUUCUUGCGCGGAGCGUGGACAUGUGUGCGGGCAUUUGAGAGCUAUGGGCAGGAUUGUUGGUGGCAUUGGAGAGGCGCAGACAACAGUAACAACAACGACGACGAUGAUAACGAUGAUGAAGACGACAAUGGGAAUGGCAAAGGACUACUACCACCACCACGGAGCGUCACGUUUCCUGCAGACCCCAGUACCGACACGCCCGCGCACAUGAUCCGCAUCGUGGGAUGCCAGAUGAUUGAGUUGUCGGUCCUCGCUGUUGACGAUACCUCUUCCGCCCAUGAUAAUGAUGGCGACGGUGAAACCGCUGCACAUGUUGGAGAAGGACACUUCAUCCGACUUCAAGUCAAAGCGCUCGUCGCCGCGGCGAACGACGAAUUCUCCCCCAAGGGCGGCACAGAGGGCUGUCCCAUUUGGAUCGGCGUCGACGAGUCUCCUGAGAAUAUCUUUCGCUCUGUGAUUCGCCAGAGACCAUCACAUCAACACAAACAACGACAACAACACGGGAUGUGGUAG